UUGUAGGACAAAAUUGCGACAAACGACAAGGAACGUCCGCCGAAGCUUCGUAGGUGCCGUGCCGCACACUGUGAUAUGCUAUUGUUACCAUCGAACUCGAGCCACCUCAGCGAACCGCAACCGACCAGCAUGGUCCUGUCGAAGGUCCGUUCCUGGGCCACGGCACGCGAACAGCGCGAACACCGGGAGCGGAGCGAUCGCGAGGACAACAAUAAUCAUUCGGUCAAACGGGAGCUGCUCCGUACACCGUCACCCACCCAACGAUAUCUAAGCAUAAAAACACCAAAAUCACCAUCUCCGCCCCGUUCACAUGACGACAUCGACAGCGAUCGUGACGAUGGCAGCGACCGCGAGAACCUCAGCAGCCCUAUUCCAAACGAGCGUCCGGAACGAACCACGCCACUCAAUCUUAUCACGGACUCAUCACGAAGGACGCCAUCACCACCAGCCUCCAGUGCUGUCCCGGGUGGAGGUCUUGGCGUUGCCCUCGCUGCCCUUCAGAAUCAUCUCCCUCUAAGCUCACUGUUCCUCCAGAACCAGCUCGGAUUGGGUGGACUGGCGGGCCUGUCUGGGCAAGAUAUCGGUAUGCUCCAGCAAGCCCUGCAAGCUCAGCAAGCGUCCCUCCAGCAGCAACUGCAACAGUACAUGCUACUCCAGGUGCAAGGAAGCGCCGCUAGUGCGAACGGGAAUGCGGCUGCUGCGGCCACCGCUCAGGCACAGGCCGCUGCCUCGUUCCUCAUGCAAAAUCAGGUCCAGCAAGCGGUCGCCCAACUGCAAGCACUUCAGAAACAGCAGCAACUUAAGCCUACCAGCUCCACACCAACACCGGGCGCGACCGCCACCAGCUCGCCGCUGCACAGUCCAUCCGGCAGCCCAGGACUUCAUCACCAUUCCACGCAAACGGGCGCCAUGCUGGGCGCGAGCCAAACAACACCUCCGAACGUGAGUCAGAUGAAUGUGGGCGGUAUACUGACACCUUCGACGCCCGGGUCCGGUGCACAUACGCCUCAGCUGCAGAAACAUUCGGCCGCUCCACGUGCGCUUGAACCAUCGCCGGAGGAGACGACCGAUCUGGAAGAGUUGGAACAGUUCGCGAAAACGUUCAAGCAGCGAAGGAUAAAGCUAGGCUUUACGCAGGGUGACGUUGGGCUGGCCAUGGGUAAGCUGUACGGGAACGACUUUUCGCAGACUACCAUAUCGCGGUUCGAGGCACUUAAUUUGAGCUUCAAGAACAUGUGCAAGCUAAAGCCGCUGCUGCAGAAGUGGCUCGAGGACGCGGACAGUAGCAUCUCCAAUCCUGGCGGACGCAUCUUUAGCCCGGCCGCCCUCUCCAACACGAUGGCCACCCCGGAAACGAUGGGGCGACGGCGCAAGAAGCGCACCUCGAUCGAAACGUCCGUCCGGGUCGCGCUGGAAAAAGCGUUCCUCGUCAACUGCAAACCUACCAGCGAAGAGAUCUCGACCCUCGCGGACAAUCUCUGCAUGGAGAAGGAGGUGGUGCGGGUGUGGUUCUGCAACCGGCGGCAGAAGGAGAAGCGAAUAAACCCACCGAACGGUAUGGACAGUCCGACACAUUCGUCCGCCAGUGGGGAACUGUUUCCCGCCAGCCUUGUCCCAGGCCUAUCCUCACCUUCGUCUGUGUCCGGCGGCGGUGGUGGUGGUGGUACGGGUGGUGGACAUCAUUAUGCGCCGCAUCAUCACCAUUCGCAUCAUCCAUCGCACACCGGUAGCAUCAAGCAGGAAUGACCGGUUGGACGUGUUG